GCCUGAGCAGUCGCCUAUGAUGCUUGCGAAAGUCCAAAUUAAUCAAUUUAUGAUUCUCGGUGGUUUUUUAAUUCACUUCGCAUUAUUAGAAGUGUUUCUUACCAUAUUUAAGCGAGGCUAAGUAUUUGUAUUUUCAUUCUUAUUAUUCUUAUUAUAUAUUUUUUUCAUUGCAACAAUAAUACCAAUAUUACGCAUGAAUACAGGGACAUUCGUGUGUAUAUAAUGAUUUAAAAAAAUAAAAAUAAGCUACGUAUUGGGUACAACAGCUAAUGUUUACGAGGUUAUAGAUGUGUAGCCAUUUCACACCACUAGAUGUCACUAUUGAUUUUGUCCCGUGUCCUUCAGGUGUGUCUCCAUUGCGUGUGAAGGCCUAUGAUGAAACAGCUGAAACAGACCUAGAAGUCCAUUUAGAUCAGUGGCUUUUGGUUGACAUCAUGUUAUUAUUUAAACCAGUUUCAAACAUGUUUAGCUGUUUUCCCAGCUUUAGAUUAAGUCUUGUCCUGACUAAGUAGAUAUUUCAAUAGAUACACUUCAUUGAACAUGGAUUUUAGUCCAGGACCAGGUUUAAACUGUGCCUGGUAAAUGGACCCUAAAUGUCAUAAUUUGCAUGCGUUUUCUAUUAAUGUAGUCACAGGUCUAAUGAUAACCUUUCGUAAGUCCUUUAUUCACUUUCAUUCAAAUGAUACAGAAAGAGACAAAAUAUGAUCAGCAAUAUAAUGUUAAGCAAUGCACCUUUUAUGUUAUUUUUCUAAGUAAAAUGCCUAAAGAGUCAACCAAUUAGACACAUGAUCAUUUAGCCUACAUUAGUGUGUUGUAACUGUAUAACCCAUGUAUAUGGUUUCAACCACUGUAAGUAUUAACCACUAUAAUAAGGUGUAUAGCAUAUAAACAUGUUGUAAUAUGUAUCCGACUGUAUUCUACUGUAUAGGCGUGGUCGAGGCAGUCUAUAUAAAUCGUGACGCCUCUAGUCUGGCGCUCCUUCCACUCUUCCCCAAUAGGCAAAGGCUGUGUUUGAGUGCGCAACGGCUACCCGAUACGCGCCCGGCAUCUUGAAUAAGAAAGUCGCACUGUGAACCGACGGAAUAGACAGGAACGUUUCAGGAGAACAAAUAUUGACUACGUGUACAAGAGAAAGGAAAACGACAUACAGUGCUUUUUACAGAAUUACAGUUGGUGGUGAUAGAAGUUUGAAGACAUGAGGAUUCUACGAGUUGCGCUCCUGCUCGUCCAUGCCUUUGUGGUCUCGAGGUUGGUGAGUGGAGCUGUGGUGGACAGGUAUGAGAAUGAGAGGUCGCAGCACACAGCAGUUAUAAACCUGUUGGAUGUCCUGAGCGACAGAAGGAUGGAGGGAGGGAUGGAGAAGAGUAAGCACGGAGUGGAGGGUCCAGUGUUGGAGGAGGAUGGAAGCGAGGAAGAGGAUGAGGAGUACUAUGAUUACUACCAUGAAGAUGACGAAGAUGCAUCAGGGGACUAUGGGGUGGAAUUACCUCGAGUUGCAUUGUCGACUAAACCUAAAGACCCAUCGGCCAUCUUGGAAGCUGAGAGGAGUGAAGGGAAGAGGAGGAGAGGUGGAAAGGGGAGGAAGAAGGGAAAAGGAAAAAAGAGGAACCCUUGUCUGAAGAAGUAUAAGAACUUCUGUAUCCAUGGCAGCUGUCAUUACCUGAGGGACAUCAAAGCUCCAUCAUGCAUAUGUCGUCCCAGCUACUCUGGGGAGCGGUGUCACCUGUUCACGCUGGCUUCAGAGGGGAGGGACGUGGGAGGAUACAGCCGGACCACAGCUCUGGCUGUGGUGGCAGUGGUGUUGUCUUCUCUCUGUCUAACCAUCAUAGGCCUGCUGCUGGUGCUCAGGUUUCACAAGCGAGGAGCGUACGACGUAGAGAAUGAGGAGAAGGUGAAACUGGGGUCAGCACCCAACCACUGAAGAGCUGAAGAGAAGGGACAGGAUAGGGAAAUUCUACCUCAAAAUAGAAAAGAAGAAGUGUAAAAAAAGCCAAGAGUGAACCCAGAGAGACUUGGAAGGUAUGGAAGAGAAGGGGGACUGGAUGGGCGUGACCUGUACAUAUAGCCCCAUCCCUUCUCACUGAUGGACAGAUGUGAUUGGGUAGCUCAGGAUUCUGAGGUAGUCCCUGCCACCUAUCAGGAGAGAGCCUGCCUAAAACUGGAACUCUGAUUGGCUGGGAGAAAAGACUGAAGUGGUGAUGAGCAUAUGGAAGCUGAGAGGAAAAGGAGGAAUGUUUCUGGGCCCGUAUCCACAAAGCAUCUCAGAGAAGGAGCCUUCAGAUCAUAAUGAAUAAGAUUAUAUGAACAGACCUUAGAUCAGCACUCCUUCUCUGAGAUGCUUUGUGGAAACGUCCCUGGACUCAGUGCUGCUUCUUGUUAAAAGACUACCAGGAAUCUCAGACUGAAAGGACACCAUCUUCUCUUCAUCUGCCAGAAACAGAGAGAACCCUGGUCUUUCUUCAACAGGAGUGUUGUUUUUACCAAUCAACAUUUGUAUUUUCCUGCACAUGUUUGUUCGUUGUCAUUUUCUAGUGUACUGUAAAACUUUUAUUUAUACCAUAUACUUCUCUUUUAAUGUAUUUAUUGAUGUGUUGAUGUUGCUGUAUUUAUGCAGAUAUUUAACUGCUUCGUCCACCCAAGAUGCACUGCCAGUUUGUAAAGAUUAUCUAUAAGGUCAUCAUUGUGUUUUUAUAUUUAAAUGUUAAAGCAUAUUUAUUGAUAAAAAUUGAAGAUAAAGUAUUUAAAAAAUGUACAGUAAUUUUGGAGAAAUAGACAUUUCAAAGUAAGAGUCCUCUUGGUCUCAUAGGGUUACCUGAUUGCUGACUUUGAUAUAUCGGCACUCUGGUUACAGGCUGCUGAGAACACACACCACUGUGCUUGGUUGGUUGAUUGACUUAUUAAUUGAUUGAUUAAACAGCUCUGUGGUGUAUUCCACCAAUGGACCACUGACAGGUCUCUCUUUCUGUACCAUUAUGACGUGGUUGCAUUGUGUUUGACUCUGUGAAGAAGACAUGCAAAACAUCCAGAUAUCGAAGUGAAUUUAAUAGAACCUACUCUAGAAUCCCAAAAUAUAGAAUAUAGGAAAUAUGUCAAAUGAAUGUUUAAAAUCUAGAAUCCAGUUUAGAUUUUUCUGUAUUACAAUCAGGAUGUGGAAUAGAUCCAAGGUAAACUCUGGUGCCUUGUCGAGUCCAGCCACUGUAGUGAAUGUUGGAACAUAGAAACACACACAAAUGGUGAAGUUUUUAUUGUCUUUGAGAAACGAGUUGGACAUUCAUCUCCAAAAAUGUUAUCUCCAAUUUCAAUUAUUUAUUUAUGUUACCAUGCCAGUUAGUUGUGUUGUUGUUUUGUUUUAACAUGAUGGGUGUGGUUAGGGAUAUAUUCAGUGAUUUACUGUAUGGUAAUAUACACUGAGAUCCAUGCUAAGAUCAUGAUAAAAUGUGAAUUCAUUUUAAAAACAAAUAACCCUCCUCAAGAAAAACAUACUGGAAAACAACUUGCAGUUUUGAAGUGAUUUCUAGUCAAAAAGUGUUCAUUUUUUUCUCUGAAAAUAAAGUAUUUUUUUCUCAGAA